GAUAUUUCCUUUUACAUAAUUUAUUUUAAUUUUAUUUCUUACAAAAUAUUUUGAUCGUCACCGGCCGAUUGUGAUUUCGCCGUUGGAUCCAUCCCGCGAAGGUUUUGUGGUGUGAUUUCGCGGUUGAUCUUGAAAGCGGGAGUAUUCUGAGGUUUUUGUGAUUUGUUGAUAAUUGUGAAUCGAUGUCUGGACCACUCGAUCGAUUUGCAAGGCCUUGCUUUGAGGGGUCUUCAGGCAAUGAUGAGAGAUCAGAGAGAAGAGAAAGAAAGUCUGAUUUUGAAAAUUCAGAGGAUGAAAGGAGGACAAGGAUUGGUUCACUGAAAAAGAAAGCACUAAAUGCAUCAACCAAGUUCAAACAUUCUCUCAAGAAAAGGGGGAGUAGAAGAAAAAGUGAUGGACGAGUCAGCUCUGUCUCAAUUGAAGAUAUUCGAGAUGCUGAGGAGCUAAGAGCUGUUGAUAAAUUCAGACAAUCACUCCUUUUGGAUGAAUUGCUUCCAGAAAAACAUGAUGAUUAUCAUAUGAUGUUGAGGUUUCUGAAAGCAAGGAAGUUUGAUAUUGAAAAGGCAAAGCAAAUGUGGGCUGAUAUGAUACACUGGAGAAAGGAUUUCGGUGUUGAUACGAUUAUCGAGGAAUUCGAAUUUCAAGAGUUGACUGAAGUUCUAAAGUACUACCCCCAUGGUAACCAUGGAGUUGAUAAAGAAGGAAGACCUGUUUACAUUGAAAGAUUAGGGAAAGUUGAUCCCAACAAACUCAUGCAAGUUACAACCAUGGAUCGAUACAUAAAAUAUCAUGUUCGUGAAUUCGAAAAAAGCUUUGCUUUUAAGUUUCCCGCAUGUUCAAUUGCUGCAAAAAGACACAUAGACUCAAGCACAACCAUUUUGGAUGUUCAAGGCGUGGGGCUCAAGAAUUUCACUAAAGGUGCCCGUGAACUCAUUCAGCGUCUACAAAAAAUUGAUGGUGACAAUUAUCCUGAAACACUUCACCAAAUGUAUAUAAUCAAUGCUGGCCCUGGUUUUAGACUGCUGUGGAGUACUGUAAAGUCAUUUCUAGAUCCCAAAACUACUUCAAAGAUUCACGUUCUGGGAUGCAAGUACCAGAAUAAAUUACUUGAGAUAAUAGAUGCCAGUGAAUUGCCGGACUUCUUAGGUGGCACGUGUACACAAUGUUUGGAUAAAGGGGGUUGUCUUUUAUCUGAUAAAGGACCAUGGAAUAAUCCUGAAAUCUUGAAGUUGGCUCUUAAUAGUGAAGCAAGGCGUGCAAGACAGGUGGUUAAAGUUUUAAACAGUGAAGGAAAGAUUGUCGCAUAUGCUAAGCCUCAGCUUCAUGCCCUAAGAAGCAGUGAUACAUCAACCGCUGAGUCAGGGUCAGAAGCUGAAGAUAUUGCAUCUCCGAAAGCAAUGAGGAGUUAUUCACAUCUUAGGUUGACUCCUGUUCGUGAAGAAGCGAAGACAAUUGGGGGUACAAGCUAUGCGGGCCCAUUUUCUGGAUACGAUGAGUAUGUUCCCAUGGUGGAUAAAGCUGUUGAUUCUGGAUGGAAGAAACAACCUUCAGCUCCAAAGCCUUAUGAUCCCAGAGGUCAAAGUCAAACACGGACAUUGACAUUUAUUGAAGGUCAAAAGGGAGUGGAAAAAGCUAAUGGAAUGUGGGUGAUGCUUGUGGCAUUCUUGAUGACUGUUUUUACUGUUUUGAAUUCAUUGAUGAAGCGUGUGACUAAGAAGCUUCCAGACACGCGAUCUGAGGAUGCCAAGAAUGCUGAGGAAUUCUCGUUUGAUGGGCCUGGGAAAGAGGAAUUCCGACCACCAUCACCGACUCCGUCUUUUAAAGAAGCAGAGGUUUUCAAUUCCGUGUUGAAAAGGUUAGGUGAGCUUGAAGAGAAGGUUGAUACAUUGAACUCAAAGCCAUCCACAAUGCCUUAUGAGAAAGAAGAAUUGCUAAAUGCUGCUGUUUGUCGCGUUGAUGCUUUAGAAGCAGAGCUUAUUGCUACCAAAAAGGCUCUGCAUGAAGCUUUGAUGAGGCAAGAGGAAUUGUUGGCUUACAUUGAUGGUCAAGAGGAGAAAAAGUUCAGGAAGAAGAAAUAUUCUUGCUGGUGAAAAGUGUCUAAAUGUGUAUUCUUUUUUCAUGUUUUUACUGUAUAAUACGAAGAUGUUAACAAUUUACGCAUUUUGUGCUAACUACGACUUUGAGAGUGCUUUGAUAUUAUUUACAGUGUGAUGGGUUUGGGCUUGUUCAAUGUUACGGUAUACCUAUCCUAGGAGGAGCUCAAAACUUUAUGGGUAA